UGGUGAAGGCGGGAUUCGAACCCUAGUCUUCCUAGAGACCUUUCCAACUGAGCUAAUCGGUACUUACUACCUUCAGCUUCAGGAUAGGACGAUGGAUAUGAGGUCUCGAGCCCUCUUUUUAUCCACUCUCUUGUCAUCUCCUCCUCCUCCUCCUCCCAGUCUCUCUCUCACUCCCCCCUUCUCCCUCCCAAAUCUCGACUGGUAGUAGAAUUAAAGCUUGCUUCCAUGGCAAUUGCAGCCACAGCUACCGCAGCAACCACUGCAGCAGCAACAGCAGCUUCAACAAAGUUCCACUUCACACCCUCUUCUCCUUCUACUACUUCCCGUGUUUCAGUCUUCAAUGGCGCUCUCCGUACCAUUAAAGCAGCUCCUCUCCUCUCCUCCUCCUUCACUAACCCCUCCAGCAUCUUCUGGUGGACCGCCAUCGCCACCACCACCACAUCACCGGAGACGACGAGGCGUAACCACCGCUCCCUGACCGUCCGAGCCGCUAGAGGGAAGUUCGAACGUAAGAAGCCUCAUGUCAACAUUGGAACCAUAGGGCAUGUCGACCAUGGCAAGACCACCCUCACGGCUGCCCUAACCAUGGCCUUGGCCGCCGUCGGUAACAGCGCUCCCAAGAAAUACGACGAAAUCGACGCUGCUCCUGAAGAGAGGGCCAGAGGUAUUACCAUUAACACUGCUCACGUCGAGUACGAGACUGAGAAACGCCACUACGCCCACGUCGACUGCCCCGGUCACGCCGAUUAUGUGAAGAAUAUGAUUACUGGUGCUGCUCAGAUGGACGGCGCCAUCCUUGUCGUCUCUGGUGCCGAUGGUCCGAUGCCUCAGACCAAAGAGCAUAUCCUUCUCGCCAAGCAGGUCGGUGUCCCCAACAUGGUUGUCUUUCUUAACAAGCAGGACCAGGUCGACGACGAGGAACUUCUCCAGCUCGUCGAAUUGGAAGUCCGGGAGCUCUUAUCGUCUUAUGAGUUCCCAGGCGACGACAUUCCAAUUAUCUCCGGCUCUGCUCUACUGGCCCUUGAAGCCCUAAUGGCUAAUCCAAGCAUCAAGAGAGGGGAGAAUCAAUGGGUUGACAAAAUCUAUGAACUCAUGGAUGCCGUCGACAACUACAUCCCUAUCCCGCAGCGCCAGACUGAUCUCCCCUUCCUCCUUGCCGUUGAAGAUGUGUUCUCUAUAACUGGUCGUGGUACCGUUGCCACUGGCCGUAUUGAAAGGGGGUCCAUUAAGAUUGGUGACACUGUCGACAUUGUUGGCCUCAAGGACACUCGAAAUACCACUGUCACCAGUGUUGAGAUGUUCCAGAAGAUCCUUGACGAGGCCUAUGCUGGAGAGAAUGUCGGUCUUCUUCUUCGUGGUGUUCAGAAGGCUGAUAUUCAGAGAGGAAUGGUCCUUGCCAAGCCUGGCACUAUUACCCCCCAUACCAAGUUCCUUGCCAUUGUUUAUGUACUCAAGAAGGACGAAGGUGGCAGACACUCUCCUUUUUUUGCUGGAUAUAAACCUCAGUUCUACAUGAGGACUACCGAUGUCACCGGGAAGGUUGCAUCCAUUAUGAAUGACAAGGAUGAGGAAUCGAAAAUGGUUAUGCCAGGCGAUCGUGUGAAGAUGGUGGUUGAGCUUAUUAUGCCCGUGGCUUGUGAGCAAGGAAUGCGAUUUGCCAUCAGAGAAGGAGGGAAAACUGUUGGUGCAGGUGUCAUCCAGUCCAUCAUAGAAUGAUACAGUUAGUUUCUUCUAAAAAUUUUUGGCACGGAAGCAAAUGAUCCCUCACUGUUAGAAUUUUGGGACUUGAAUCAUCAACUAUGUGCAGUAAAUGAGACUGGGUUUGCAUCCAGCGAUGAUUUUAGUGUCUUAUAGCUUUGCAAUUUUGCUUUUCUGCUCUUAAUUGUUAUUUUAGUUUAGUUAGAUUAAUGGACAUGCUAUGAGUCUCUGUAAUUCUCAUUUUCUGUUGCUUCAAGUGUUGUUGAUAGUUGAAACUAUUGUAAUACUUUUGCUAAAUGAGUUGGUACCCAAUGGAGGGAAAGCCAGUUUCUUUCUUUCUUGAAUUCA